AAGGGCAGGGCCACUCUGGGAGACAGCAACAACUAGUUGUGUAGCUACCUUUUUACUCAUUUUUGGAGUCAGGCACUGCAGAUCUGAGCCUCCACGCUGAGCGGAGCGUUAUUUCCUCAGACACCUACUGUUGACGUCUUAGAGACUACGUCCAGGUUUAAUACAGUCUUCAUUUUUUUGUUUCUUUUCAACAGAAUUGUCUCUCUACAGGUAAACAUGAUUGUUCUAUACUCAGAGAACCGUGAUAUGUCAUUUUCUUAGUGGGACUUUUCCCACACAAUUCAUCAUCUUAUCCACACAUAAAGCUAGACAUGUGCAGGCAUGAUGGUUUCGAGUGGACAACCACCUGAGGAAUUUCACAAGAUUUUCUGCUAGGGAGCACCUUGAACUGGUAGUUUUCAGUUACCACAUUCUCUGUAAUAUAGAAACUAGUAGUGCUAUCACAGUAUUAUUAUCUGCUUAAUCAAAGUGCCCAUCUGUUGAAAUAAUCCGUUCUGAGGUGGAAAAUUGAAACCAGCAUCUUUCUUGUUUACUCCUCAGCCAGAAAAGCCCCUGUGUUUAAACCACACCUCCAGCUGACUAUAAAUUCUUCCUCUCUGAAGGAACUGUGUCAGCCCUGCUCAACAAGGGCUUGCAGCCUCAGUCAAACAGGGUGCUUUUUCUUCUCUAUUUUCAGCACUUCUUUUCAGCGUAUGAAGCGUUUCCAGCACAUGUUUUCUCAGCAUGUUUUGACAGAGCUCCAGAAUCAAUGUAAGGCUCUCGGAAGGGGACUGUUGAAUUUGACGGAUCACAGUGAGAAGGGGAUUUGCUGCGUGAAGAGAAAAGACUCUGGGUAAGAGGAAGCCACAACCGCCUCCAAAACGAAGGAUUCAACUGUGUGAUGCCUGUCUGGAAACCUGUCUUAACCCACAUCCUUCCUUUUCAAUUGGUAUUCCAUGUAAUAGGACUUCUACAACUUGGACUGUAACUUCUCCUACACUCCUUCCAAAACGGCUAUGAAUAGUACACAAAACAUGACUACAAAUACAUCUGUCGACCACUGCAAAACACCCAGUCAUCUGACCUAUGAAAUCCUCUCCUGGGUGAUGAUUGUUCAGUUCAUGCUGGGUCUGCCUCUCAACCUGUCAGUCCUCUACAUCUUCAUCUUCAGGUUCAAGUUCUGGAAGAAUAAAGCCAUCUUCCUCUUCAAUAUUGUGGUUGCUGAUUUCUUGCUGGUGGCCUGUCUUCCUGCCAAGGCCUACCACUACCGUCACGACCAGAGGCGCAGCUCGAAUGAUGUGGUGUGUAAGACGAUGCUCUUCAUGCUGUUUCUCAACCGAGGGGCCAGCAUCGCCUUCCUCAUCACCCUGUCCAUUGAUCGCUAUUUCAACGUGGUCCAUCUUGGAAGGAGGAACUUUGUCAAAAUCCUGAAGAAAUCGCCUCAGAUCUCCAUCUUCAUCUGGCUUCUUCUGUUGCCCCUCACCAUCCCCACUAUGGUGAAGACCUUUGAGUGCUGUAACAGCCACGGCCGCAAAGUUGAGACUUAUUACCAUGAUGUAACAGACACCUUCAGAGAGAUCGUUUUCUUCAUACAGAUCGUCAUCCCCUUCAUCAUCCUUGUCUACUGCACUGUGCACAUCGUGAACCGACUGAGGAAGAAAACAGUGGGGGAAAAGACCAAACUGAGGAGGGCUGUGUGCGUGGUCCUGUCUGUUGUCGUCGUCUUCUCCAUCUGCUUCCUGCCUUGUGCUAUAGCCCGAGCGGUGCUGCUGAGCGUCAGGCUAAAAGAAUGGCAGACCGCAGAGGACAUCGUGGUUCAGGUCUACGAUGGCCUGAUGGUUUUGUCUUACAUGGACUGCCUACUGGACCCACUGGUUUACUGCUUCUGUAACUCGGGGUUUAAAAACGCUUACAUUACCAGCUUCUGUCCUGCGGUUCUUCGAGAGAGACUGCUUAAGUGUGACUAUGGACUCAGAACAACAACAACAACAUCAAAUACACAUACAAACACAACAACAUCUGGAAAUAGAACCAUUAUUUUGCCGAUAAUAGAGAAAUGAUGAUUGUUUCUCUUAAACUGUAAUCAUAGUAACUAUCUCCGAAGAAGCACAGGUUAUCUAUUUAGCAUAAUGCAACACAGACAGUAAAGUAUAACCACUGGUCCACCCACACAGAAGUUUUCAGUUUGUGUGGCAGAUUAGACGGAUACCUUGAAAUGUUUUGUCGAGUAGUACUGAGAAACGACAUUUACUUCACCACAUCAGAUACAGCGAUGGCACCCGAUAUCGCAACUCCACCUUACAGUUUAUCACCUUGGGACAUUACCAUCAGUUGCGGUUAGGGUUAAACCAUCAUCUAUUUUUAAGGAGAGUAAAAAAGUUAGGACUACGUGUAAAACAUAGAUAAAACAGAAUGUCAUAUACUGGAUUGAAAUAGGAUAAAAGACAAUUUAGUUUUACCACAUCAACUUCAUUAAAUUACUGUGAAUAAAUGUCAAUUCUUAAUUUGAUGGCAGCGCCAUGUUUCAAACAAGUUGGGACACGGGCAGCAAAAGACACACACUUCCACACUGGAAUGACACCAAAACACCUAUUUGGACCAUUCCACAGGUAAACACAUUCAUUGGUACCAGGAAUACAGUAUCAUGAUUGGCAGGCCCACAUGGAAUCUGCGACAAGUAGUUGCCGCUUGUAAGACUCAGAACAUUAACACAUCUCCAACCCUUUGCACAUGUGUGGGACAGUCAUGUGUCACACAGUUAUCUUUUAGAUUUCAAUUUUGUGGGGGACAAUAUGUCAAAGAUAAGAUUUACUGCAGACAAGCUUAGAACAAAGUAUUUAUUGCAACCGGCUUGAGAUCAUUUUAAGUGUUUUAAGACUUUAUGUAUUAUGUUAUAAUUUUUGCUCUAAAACAAUCGUUGUUGUAUUACAUGAUCACUGUCUGUCACAGUACAGGUAAAGAAACAUUCCGCUGAACUUGGGGGCAGUGAUUGUAUAAAGGAUAUUACAACAUGGGCUCAGGAGCACUUUAAUUAUACGGUCGUGGUUUGUUUUAAUAACGAUUGCAUUAUGUUUUGAUUUACGUUUUACACAGCGUCCCACCCUUUUGGCAAUCCGGGUUGUAAAGCACUAAUACUGAAAAUGUUCAGACUAUAUCAUUUAAAUGCAGUUUUGUACUUCUCACAAAUCAUGCCAGCAAAGGUCCAGCUGCAGUAUUACUCAUUGUAAUCCAUGUGAAAUCCAUACUCAAUAACGUGUCAUACAAAACCUCAGUACUGAAGAGCACUGUUUUCAGUUACUGACUGGCCCACACAAGUUACUCACCAAAAAUAGGUGCUACAAAAGAAAUGAGUCAGAGAAGAAAUCAGGGAGGUGUCAGUCUGUACAUCUACAUACAGACCUGUGAACGGGGUUGUUCAGCCAAAAAUAACUGAAAUCACCAGUGUGGGAAUAAAGGCCAGGGCAUUUAAGUGGACUAACAGAGUCCACUCGUAUGGCUUCAUAUUACGUAUCUGCUGCCCGAUCUAAUGUAAAAUUCACAAUGCAAAAUAAUUAAGAGGGCUAUAGGACAAAGAGUAAUAUGUAAAUGUAUGUUUAAGAUGCAUGUUUAUAUAGUAUAUUUUAUAUAUAUAUAUUUUUUUUUAAUAUUAUUGUUUUCUUUUUCAUUUAUUGUAAUUAUUUCAAACCAGGCGUUUAAGAGAUGAGAGAUUGCAUUUUACUGAAUAUUAUGAGUCCUUAACUAUCUAAAAGGUACUCAGCAGUACAGUAUCAGAAACCCAACAUACCUUAUAGAAGCUUGUUAGAAGGGGCUGUACAGUACGGUUAUCCUUACAAUGUUUGCAUAGCUGUCAUUCAUCACUCAGGAAACUCUGAAUAUCUGUGUUCAUCAUCAGUACUUCAGACCAGUUGUACCUGUUCUUAUUGUGGUUUCACUUGGUGGAACAUAUUGUGAACUGAUCUGUGCACACAUUUCACUGUCCCAUUGCUCCAAGAAGGUAAAGGACUUUUUUUUUUUUUUUUCUUGUGGUUGCAUUUACACUUCCCAUCUUCGUUUAUAAUCAGUGCAAACUGCUUUUAAGCGGUAAAAGAUGAUGUUCAGCAACCACUAGCUAAAUGUCAAACCCAAGUGGAAUACAGCAACCUGGGAGGAUGUUUGAAACUUUCCUCGUUCAUACUGUAUACAAUUUUGUGAUGUUGCUUAAUGAAAUUCAAUCAUUUGUAUAAAUGAAGGUACUGACUGAGGAGCUCUGUAUAUUGCUUCCAUAAAUACACAGAAUGCAGGUGACACAGCUGAGAGUCUGAGAGGUAAACAGCUAAACAUUAACACUGAUGCAAAGCAUCAACAUGCAAAGCU